AAAAAUGAAAUAAAACAGAGGCCACAAUCCCAUUGUCCAGAAACAAAGUAAUGGCGACGACGACGAGUUGUUCGCUUCUCCUUUCUACUCUCUUCCUUCACUCUCCUCCUUCACCUCAACUCUCCAACUCAUCUUCCUUCUUCAAUCUCUCUCCUUCUCGAUCCUCUCCUCCGACUUCGAUUUCUCUCAACCCAAUCCGAUCCAAACGCUAUUUUCGAAUUUUCUCCUCCAAGCUUCCACUAAACGACAACAACGGAGACGAUGAUGCUCUUCUUCUUACUCCGUUCUCCACCGUUAAACCUUUCUUCCUCCUCUGCACCUCCGUCGCGUUGUCGUUUUCUCUGUUCGCCGCGUCUCCUGCCGUCGAAUCCGCUUCGGCGUUUGUAGUCAGUACUCCCAGGAAGCUUCAGACUGAUGAGCUCGCGACUGUUCGAUUGUUUCAAGAGAACACUCCUUCCGUUGUUUACAUCACUAAUCUCGCCGUCAGGCAGGACGCGUUUACAUUGGACGUGCUUGAGGUGCCUCAAGGUUCUGGUUCAGGAUUUGUGUGGGAUAAGCUAGGUCACAUUGUUACCAAUUAUCAUGUGAUUCGUGGUGCUUCUGAUCUCAGGGUCACUCUUGCUGAUCAAUCGACAUUUGAUGCAAAAGUUGUUGGAUUCGACCAAGACAAGGAUGUUGCAGUUCUACGUAUCGAUGCACCCAAAGACAAAUUAAGACCUAUACCUGUUGGAGUCUCUGCAGAUCUGCUUGUUGGCCAGAAAGUUUNGUUUCAUGUUUAG